AUGUCUUCGCUCUAUUACCACGAGUCUGUGGUCCUUAGCAAAUCCUGCUGGCUGGGCUUGUGGACGAGAUCGCAGCUUGAUCAGCAAUUGUCUCUUUUGUUCACCCCUUCUCGUGGGCGAUUCGUCGAAGACUCAGACCCGCCUCCUGCAGGACCUCAGCUCCGAAUGCAGGCGACUCCUGCAGGACAGCUUCCGCCUCCUCCUGCCAGGACCUCGCUCCGACGCCUCCUCCUGCAGGACAACCUGCAGGACCCCAGCUCCGACGUCCGCCCCCUCCUGCAGGACCUCAGCUCCGAUCCUGCAGGACUCCGACGCCUCCUCAGCUCGACGUCUCCUGCAGGACCUCCGAGCCGCCUCCUGCGACAGCUCCGACGCCGCCUCCUGCAGGACCCAGCUCCGACGUCCGCCGCCUCCUGCAGGACCUCAGCUCCGACGUCCGCCUCCUCCUGCAGGACCUCAGCUCCGACGUGCCCGCCUCCUGCGACCUCAGCUCCGACGUCGCCUCCUCCUGCAGGACCUCAGCUCCGACGUCCGCCUCCUCCUGCAGGAUCAGCUCCGACGUCCGCCGCCUCCUGCAGGACCAGCUCCGAGCCUCCUGCAGACCUCAGCUCCGACCUCUCCGCGUCCGCCGCCCUCCUGCAGGACCUCAGCUCCGACGUCCGCCUCCUCCUGCAGGACCUCAGCUCCGACGCUCCCGUCCGCCUCCUGCAGGACCUCAGCUCCGACGUCCGCCGCCUCCUGCAGGACCUCAGCUCCGACGUCCGCCUCCUCCUGCAGGACCUCAGCUCCGACGUCCGCCUCCUCCUGCAGGACCUCAGCCCCGACUCCGCCUCCUCCUGCAGGACCUCAGCUCCGACGUCCGCCGCCUCCUGCAGGACUCAGCUCCGACGUCCGCCUCCUCCUGCAGGACCUCAGCUCCGACGUCCCGUCCGGCCUCCUGCAGGACCUCAGCUCCGACGUCCGCCUCCUCCUGCAGGACCUCAGCUCCGACGUCCGCCUCCUCCUGCAGGACCUCAGCUCCGACGUCCCGCCCUCCUGCAGGACCUCAGCUCCGACGUCCGCCUCCUCCUGCAGGACCUCAGCUCCGACGUCCGCCUCCUCCUGCAGGACCUCAGCUCCGACGUCCGCCUCCUCCUGCAGGACCUCAGCUCCGACGUCCGCCUCCUCCUGCAGACCUCAGCUCCGACGCCUCCUGCAGGACCUCAGCUCCGACGAGACCUCGCGACGUCCGCCUCCUCCUGCAGGACCUGCAGGACCUCAGCUCCGACGUCCGCCGCCUCCUGCAGGACCUCAGCACGUCCGGGACCUCAGCUCGACCUCAACGACCGUCUCGCUCCGACUGCAGGAACCUCAGCUCCUGCAGGACAGCUCCGACCUCCUCAGCGAGCAGGACCUCAGCUCCGACGGCGCAGGAGGAAGUUGAAGGGACGGAGGUGA